AUGGACCGCAACCGCAAGCGCAAAGCAACUGAUGCCGCAUCGCCCAAGGUUGAGAACAGCGCAAGCAAGCGUCAAAAGACCAGACUGGAACACGAGACGCCGCAGACGACAACGACCAUCGGCCUGCAGUUCAUCGACCACCUCAAGUCGGCCAAAGACAAGACUGGUCGCUUGAUUGCCGACCUGUUCAUCGACCUGCCCAGCAAGAGAGAACUGCCCGACUACUAUCGCACCAUCAAACUACCAAUUGCAAUCUCGACCGUCCAAGACAAGCUCGAGCGCCAUGAAUACCCAACCCUCAGCACCGUCGAGAGCGACAUCAAGCGCAUGGUCGCCAAUGCAAAACAGUACAAUGACGACAAGUCGACCGUCUACCAAGAUGCCGAGCGCAUUCGCAAGGCCCUGUCCAACUUCAUGACCAAACACAACCCCGCCUACAAGGAUCCCAACUACAUUGCCAUCCCCACGCCCAUUCCUGGCGGCGACGACGAUGCCACUGCCUCGUCAGCCCCUCCGACCCGCGAGACCAGCGAGCAACCAAAGAAGAUCACAAUCUCUCUCAAGGCCAAUCGCGAUCGCAAGUCUUCAGCUGCACCACCAGCCGCAUCAAGCCCGGCACUCGCCCAAGAUGACUCGGACCCAGCAGACUUUACUGGCAAGACAUUCCAACAAGCCCAAGAACACAUCAUCAACGGCCUGAUCAGCCACAUUGAUCAAGAUCUCGAUAUCUUCCAGCCUUUCGUCACGCUACCUCCCCGAACAUUGACCGAUUACUACAACAUCAUCAAGAAGCCCACGUCGCUCACUUCUGUUCGUAAGAGAGUACGGGGACAACACAGUCGUGGGCCCGCAACAAUGCAGACGGAUUUCAAAACGUGGGAUGCUUUCGAGGACGAGGUUUCAUACAUCUGGCGCAAUGCGAGGGACUAUAACGAGGACGGAAGUGACAUCUUCAACUUGUCAAUCGAGUUUGAGGAUCUCUUCAAGGAACGCCUGGCCAUUGCAAAGAGUCAAGUCGACGAGCCCACACAACCAAAGAUCAAGCUCAACGCCCCAAGACCAAAGCCUGUACUACACCUUGGUGCUAGAGGAUCGCCAGCCCCACGAGGCACUCCUGCCGACGACAAGAAAGAAGAGGCAGUCACCAACGGUGCAACCGCAAGCAGCGCUGCUGCAUCACGAUCCAACUCGCAAGUACCAACCACAGCGAAUGCAACGGCCAUCACAGCGUCAAGCCCAGUCGCAACAACAACAGCAGUCAAGACGGAAAAGUCUGUCGCUGCUUCCCCCUCCCUCGCUACAGUCCGUCCACAAAGCAUUGCUCCAGACGCCAAGCAGAGCCCUAGACCUGGCACGGCCAAUGCCAUGCUCCCACCACCUUCUGUCCGUGGCAUCAGUGGCAGUCCACACCCCUCAAUGCUACCCCACGUUCCCCACGUACCGCAAUACGUCCCUCCACCAACCUUCCUCGACAAAUAUGCCCGCUCCAAGCCUGUCUCUGAAGCUCUUUUGCCGAGUCUUGUCAUCACGGCCCACCCGCAACUCAACAACCCUAAACCUUUCCGUCUAGACGUUCCACCCUCCAACAAAUUCACCCAGCAGUCGCUUACCAUGGCCAUUCCCUCCGCCCAAUAUUACAUCAGCAUCAUUCCCACUGUUUCACAGCGACUUUUGAUGCAACGACAAUACAAACUAUUUGUCACCCUCAACAAUGUCCGCCUCAUGAGCACCGUCCGCGACUUCAUGGUCGGUGGAGUUGCGGAUAGGAAAAUAGUCUACGAUACUGCCCUCAACGCUGGCGUCAACAGAAUCGAGGUCGAAGUUGUCGCUGUUUCUGGUAGAAAUGGUGCUCUUGAGAUGGAGAAGGUGACAGUGUUUGCCAAUCUCUUGAAGUAG